AAAACAUCGUUGGAAUAAUCUCCCCUUUUGAUUGCACACGAGCUUUCAAACGGUUGAGAUCCGGUGCCCAAGACAGGAGAAAAGUGAACCGUAUUGCUGGGGACUCCAAUGCUCAUCGGAUUAAGGAUAUUCUUCCUGACGAUAUAGCUGUCAAAUGCCUGCCAAUCUCUGAUGAGAAUAUGUAAUGACAAUGACAUUCGCCAACUCUGUUUUCAAAGGUGCCAAAUUUUCUUGUGAUCGUUUUCGCCAUGCAUUGUUGAGAGACUUGUGGAAGAUGGAUGUUCAACAGCUGUAUCUUCAUCUAGGCUCAAAUGACAUUCUUACAAAUGAAGCGGUGUUUUACCGAGAUGUAGCUGACUUGUGCGAUUUGGUGCAUCAGGAGGCGCACAAUCGGUGUCCAGAAUGCAGGGUUGUUUGCUCCAACGAAGACACUUUGCUGAGCCACUUCUGCAGUCGCCACAUCAAGCAACCGGAGACUGGAAAAGAGAGUAAAAUUAAGCUGAUAGGCUCACCAAUGAUUGCAUCUGCUAAUCAUGAACUCAACGAAGUCAGCUCAAGGAAGUGGAAGGCAUGCUUGGAAAAUAGAAGUUUCCAUUAUGAAGGAACAUACAAACAUUUCCCACCCACCAUGUGGAUCAAGAUGUUUGGGCUGAUGAUUCUGGGUCGUAUGUGUGGACAAGGUGGUCUUCAUUACAUCAUGAUGCAGCCUUGUAUUCAACAACAUGUUAACCUGUCCCAGCGGAUGUUGAUGCUUUUAAAUCUCUUAAAUGAUAUUGAGAAAAAUCCAGGACCGUACCAAAGGUAG